GCAAUUUAGCACAAAUACCCUCCAAACGCGAGCAGGGGUGUUUCUUCGAGUUGGCAAAACCCUGAACCCUAACCCUAACGCUCUGUUCCUACUUCCUUCUGUAAACAAGCAAUUACCAGCAUCGGCUGUCACCAUGGCGGAGGUGAAGCUCUCGGAGAGCCGUGAUCUAACGCGAAUUGAGCGCAUUGGGGCGCACUCCCACAUCCGUGGCCUCGGUCUCGAUUCCUCCCUUGAACCACGAGCCGUCUCCGAGGGGAUGGUUGGCCAAACCGCCGCUCGUAAGGCCGCUGGGGUCAUUCUUCAGAUGAUCAAGGAAGGAAAAAUUGCCGGUCGGGCUGUUCUCCUCGCUGGUCAGCCAGGUACUGGCAAGACUGCUAUUGCAAUGGGCAUGGCUAAGUCCCUUGGCCUUGAAACUCCUUUUGCAAUGAUUGCCGGCAGCGAGCUCUUUUCCCUGGAAAUGUCCAAAACCGAAGCAUUGAUGCAGGCAUUUCGCAAAGCUAUUGGCGUCCGAAUUAAGGAAGAAACUGAGAUAAUUGAAGGGGAGGUCGUUGAGGUUCAAAUUGACAGACCAGCGGUUUCCGGGGCAGCGUCGAAGACCGGGAAGCUUACUCUGAAAACGACGGACAUGGAGACGGUAUAUGAUUUGGGGGCAAAGAUGAUUGAAGCAUUGGGAAAGGAGAAGGUGCAAAGCGGCGAUGUAAUUGCCAUCGACAAGGCAUCGGGGAAAAUUACUAAGCUAGGAAGGUCAUUCUCUAGGUCCAGGGAUUACGACGCAAUGGGCCCUCAGACAAAGUUUGUGCAAUGCCCCGACGGCGAAUUGCAAAAGCGGAAGGAGGUUGUACAUUGUGUUACACUCCAUGAGAUUGAUGUUAUCAAUAGCAGAACACAAGGUUUUUUAGCUCUAUUCACUGGUGAUACUGGAGAAAUUCGAGCUGAAGUAAGGGAACAAAUUGAUACCAAAGUGGCUGAGUGGAGGGAAGAAGGCAAGGCCGAGAUAGUUCCAGGUGUCCUCUUUAUUGAUGAGGUCCAUAUGCUUGAUAUAGAGUGCUUCUCUUUCCUUAACCGUGCUUUGGAGAAUGAGAUGGCUCCAAUAUUAGUUGUUGCUACAAAUAGAGGGAUUACUACAAUCCGGGGAACAAAUUACAAAUCCCCACAUGGAAUUCCUAUUGAUCUUCUUGAUCGCCUACUUAUAAUUUCUACUCAACCUUAUACGGAGGAUGAAAUACGGAAGAUUUUAGAUAUCAGAUGUCAGGAGGAAGAUGUGGAAAUGUCUGAAGAGGCGAAGAGACUAUUGACCACAAUUGGUGUAGAAACAUCACUAAGAUAUGCCAUCCAUUUAAUCACAGCUGCUGCAUUGGCAUGUCAGAAACGAAAGGGGAAGGUUGUGGAGAUGGAGGACAUAAAUCGUGUCUACCAUCUCUUCUUAGAUGUGAAGAGAUCAACUCAGUACUUGAUGGAGUAUCAGAAUCAAUACAUGUUCAACGAAUUGGGAGAUGCUGAAGAAGAUGAUUCUAAUGCUAUGAACACUUGACUGGCACUGGCAGCUUGAUUUUUUUGUAGAAGCAUUUUGCAAGGCUAAACUGAGGUGUCCUGUAGUUACUGGGAGUGGUGAAAAACCUGCAGUUUAUUACCUAGUUAUUAUUUAUAUCUUGCUUCGCCACUAGUGUAAGAUGUAUAUCUAAUCUUGUUGCUUGAUGAUGUUGCUUUCAUUCUGUGUAUCAUGGUUCUGUUAGACUGUUUAGUAUGUUAUAGAUAUUUCUUUUUAUUUAACCCUUGUUUGAUAUGAUUUCUCAGAAGAAGAGUUCGUGAGUUUAUGGAUUGGAAAGAAGUGCUCCGAUUAUUAUUGUCGUUACUUCGGCUUGGUUGUCAAAAGUUAAGUAACAAGCUUUCCAGCUUAGUUCUUUUUCUUUUCUUGUGUUGAGUUCAACGCAACAAUUGUGGACGGGGCAUAGAACAUUGACCCUACGAAUGGUAAUAAAGUCUUUAUUCA